GACAGUAGUGAGGCAGCAGAUGGAGCUGGCCCCUGGGAUGAAGAAGUCACCAAGUGGUGGGGAGAAUGGAGCUCCUGGUCCACCUGCUCCCGGUCCUGCGGAGGAGGCGUGAUGUCCCGGGAGAGGCAUUGCUUGAGACAGAGGCUCCAGAUGCCCCAGGGAACAAACAGCACUAUGUGUGCUGGUCAAGCCAAGCACUACCAACUGUGCCAGCAGCAGCCCUGCCCAGCUAACACGGCAAGCUUCAAACAGCAGCAGUGCUCCAGUUUCAAUGCCAAAGCCUUUGGGAAGCGCUACUACCACUGGAUGCCCCUCUAUCCAGAUGACUACACCAGUAUCUCCAACAAGCCGUGUGACCUCCAGUGCACCACUCGGAGUGGGGAGAGGCAGCUGAUGGCCCGAGCGCAGGAUGGUACCUCCUGCAAGGACAGGACCUAUCAAGGGGUCUGCAUCAAUGGGAAGUGUGAGCCAGUUGGGUGCGAUGGGAGCCUGUACUCACCCCGGACAAUGGACAGAUGCAGGGUGUGUGGAGGGGACGGCAGCACUUGCCAUCGUGUCUCGGGCAGCUUCCGAAAGGCAAUCUCACAGAUAGGUUACGUGUUCAUCACCAACAUCCCUGCCGGUGCCACAGACAUCCUCAUCAUUGAGCGCAGGAAAACAGAAAACAUCCUGGCACUCGCAGAUGAAUCCGGGCAUUUCUUCUUCAACGGCAACUCCAUCAUUGACAACCCCCAGAACUUCAGGGUAGCUGGCACAAUCUUCAAGUACCGGCGGCCCUCAAGCCUGAACUCGGGCGGGCUGGAGUAUAUCAUAGCUCAUGGGCCCACUAACCAGUCUCUGAACGCCAUGUACUAUAAUUUUAAUGGGAAAAUGCCACACAUAACUUAUGACUACACUGUACCCCGGACACCACCUCUCCGCACUGCGGCCCCUGCUGUAGACAGACCUUUCUAUCAUCACCUGGCAGAGACCAGCCAGAACCAUCCCAUUCCAGCCAACUCCAGAGCUGCCCAGGAUUUCAAUGCCACAUGGCUCUCCCUGUCACCAGAUGACACCAGCGAACAGCUUCCUCUAAGAGAAGGGCAUGAAGAUUUAGGCUUCAGCCACCCGCACUUCUUCCAAACCAACUCCACCAGUCAGACUCGAGACUGGGGCUGGGAACAAGGUGAAGAGAACAAUGAGUUUGACGUGAGCCCCGUGGGUCAUGAGGACAUCAGCUUGGCUGACAUGUAUCGGUGGAAAGUCUCAGCUUAUGCUCCCUGCAGCUCCACAUGCACUUCAGGUAUCAGCACCUCCUAUGCGAUGUGUGUCCGGUAUGAUGGAGUGGAAGUGGAUGAAACGUACUGCGAUGCCCUAACCCGACCAGAACCUACUCACGAAUUUUGCACAGGGAGAGAGUGCCAGCCUAGGUGGGAGACCAGCCGGUGGAGCGAGUGCUCCAGGACCUGUGGUGAGGGCUAUCAGUACCGCACUGUGCGCUGCUGGAAGAUGCUGGCUCCUGGCUUUGACAGCUCCGUUUACGACGACCUCUGUGAGUCAGCUGGGCUGGCCAGGCCCAUGGAGAGGAAAGCCUGCAAGAACAAGGCCUGUGGGCCCCAGUGGGAGCUCUCCGAGUGGUCCGAGUGUUCGGCCCGGUGUGGCACACAGGGGACAAUGAAGAGGGAGGUACGCUGCUCGGUGGAAGCACCCCUCUGCGAUGAGUCCCAGAAGCCCAGCAGCGAGAAGAUGUGCACAGGCCCCCCCUGCGACCGCCGCUGGACCGCUUCAGAUUGGGGCCCGUGCUCAGGUUCAUGUGGUGAGGGACGCAUGAGCCGCUUCAUCGCGUGUCGCAACCUGGAGGGGAAGGUGAUCUCUGACUCGCAGUGUGACCCGGCCACCAAGCCUCUGGCUGUCCAUCCAUGUGGAGACAAGAACUGCCCUGCACACUGGGUGGAGCAGGAGUGGGACCAGUGCGAUGCCAGCUGUGGGCGAGGGAUGAAGACCCGGGUCGUCUUGUGCGCGGGCCUGGAGAACGGUGUUUACAGGGAGUACCCUGAGAAGCACUGCGAAGCCUCGCAGAAACCCGAGGAGCAAGCUGCCUGCUUCAGGAGGCCGUGUUCAACGUGGUUCACCACCUCCUGGUCUCAGUGCAGCAAGACGUGCGGUGCUGGUGUGCGACUGCGUGAGGUGAAGUGUUACCAGGGGGAAGCGCUGGCUCAGGGCUGCGACCCCACAUCCAAACCAGAAGCCAGGCAGACGUGCCAACUCCAGCCCUGCCCCACAGAGGCACCAGAAGAAGACUGUGAAGACAAAGCAACGGCCAACUGCGUGCUGGUGCUGAAGGUGAAGCUGUGCUCUCACUGGUACUACCGGAAGGCUUGCUGCCGGUCGUGUCGGCUCAAGUCACCCUGA